AGAACCGGAAAGGGAACCGGAAGGAAAACAAAACUCAAAUCUGGUGUUUGACCUAAAUUAACAUGGCGGCUCCCAUGACUGUCUCAUGCUGACCGUUAGGCACAAACCUUAGUUUUUCGUUAAAUAGUUACAGUUUUUCCAGGCAGAUUAUGGGUCUUUCUUGAUCCGUGAAGACAUCAUUAGGUGACGCCAUGUUGGCAUCAGUGGUUGUCGCGGCAGCAGCCUCUAGAGGGAAGUUGAGGUCGCUAAUCUCUGGGAGCAGGAGACUGUCCAGCAGCCACCUUGGCUCCCAGGAUGGAGGUCCCCACCCUCCGCCCGAAACCCCCGCUCCUCUCCUGGGAAGCGAGCCGCCUGCAAUGGAGCGGAGACCCAGGAAAGACCCCAGCGACUGCUCCGUACUCCUCUUCCCCGGCCAGGGCAGCCAGUUUGUGGGCAUGGGUAGAGGACUUUUGAAGUACCCUAACGUUAAGGAAAUGUUCACGGUGGCCCAGAAGCUCCUCGGGUACGACCUGCUGUCUCUGUGCCUGGAGGGCCCCGAGGAGGAGCUGAUGAAGACGGUUCACUGUCAGCCGGCAGUGUUUGUCACCUCACUGGCUGCGGUAGAGAGGCUCAACCACGAAAACCCCAAGGCCAUUGAGACGUGUGUUGCUGCUGCGGGUUUCAGCGUUGGAGAAUUUGCUGCCCUGGUUUUUUCUGGUGCCAUGAACUAUGCAGAAGCUCUGUAUGCGGUGAAGGUCCGUGCAGAGGCCAUGCAGAAAGCGUCUGAGCUGGUUGCUAGUGGGAUGCUGUCAGUCAUCGGUAGGCCACAGGCCCAGUAUAAACAUGCCUGUGUGCAGGCUAAAGAGCACUGCACAAGCCUGGGGAUCAAGGAGCCGGUUUGCUCUGUGGCCAACUAUCUGUUCCCCGAUGGUAGGGUCAUCGCAGGGCACCAAAAGGCUCUGGAUUUCCUCCAGCAAAAUUCCCGACGUCUCCAGUUCGUGAGGACCAAACCUCUCCCAGUCAGCGGGGCUUUUCACACCGAGCUGAUGGAGUCGGCUACUGAACCCCUCAGAGAGGUGCUCAGACAGGUGGAGGUCCGUCGCCCCGAGAUCAACGUGUACUCCAACGUGGACGGCAAACGCUACAUGAAUGAGAGCCACGUGCGAAGGCAGCUGGUGAAGCAGCUGGUGUCGCCUGUGAAGUGGGAGCAAACUCUGCACGAGAUCUACGAGAGGACGCAGGGAAGGAAGUUCCCCCACACCUACGAGGUCGGCCCCGGAAAGCAGCUCGGCGCCACACUUCAAAAGUGUAACAUGAAGGCCUUCAAAACGUACACACAUGUGGAAGUCACCACUUAUGAAGACUGAAUGCAGAGAUGUGGAGGUCAAAAAAUGGGCUUCAGUGCUCGUUUUGGUGUGGCCAUGACCGGCAAGACCUGUUAAACCUGCAAGCUCCUGUGGUUGCUUGUUAUGGUCUUGUUUGUGUAUAAUUAUUAUUAUUAUUAUUAUGUAAUUAAAUAUUUUUUAUUAA